CAAAUGUGUUAACCCUAGUUUCCAUAAAUGAAUCGGCGAGUCGGCAAACCGAAUGGUGCAUAGAAUUUCAAUCAUCGCUAAUUGAUUUGUGAUUUCUUAGUUAAAUUCACGUUUGAUCAAUUAUUUCACGUUGUGAACAUUCUUUGUUCUAAAAUUUAGAAGUGUUAAAAAAAUAAAAAUGUCAGGUGAGACUCCAGUACCGCCUCCCGUUUUAUGGGCACAGCGCAAAGAAGAAGUCUUUCUCACAUUUAGCAUUGAAUCUAAAGAUCCGUCAAUUAAAAUAGAAAAAGAUUCAGUCUAUUUCAAAGGUGUCAACGCGCUAGACAAAAAGGUUCACGAGGUUACAAUUCCACUCUACGAUGCCGUGGUUCCUUCAAAAAGUGCCUUCGUUAACAAGGGUCGCUGUAUAGAAAUGGUCCUCUCCAAAGAAAAGAAAGAUGCUCCUUACUGGCCAUCUCUAACGAAAGAUAAAAAGAAGCCUCAUUAUCUUAAAGUAGAUUUUAACAAGUGGAAAGAUGAAGAUGACGAGGAGGAGGAUGGCGGCGGCGCCCCUUAUGAUAUCGAGGAGAUGCUGCGCAACAUGGGCGGAGGCGCCGGGGACCGUGCCGAGAAGCCCUCCUUUGACGAUGUGGAGAGUGAUUCCGAUGAUGAAAACUUACCUGAUCUGGAAUGAAAUCCCUUGUAGUGAUAAUGCUUAUAAUAAAUUCAGUACAUUAUAUUGUAUAAUAUUAAGGUUU